CGCUUCUUCUUGCUCGCAUUGCGCGUCAUUCAAACAGGACUCAGUGUACUGCUUUCCCCUCUGUUGCAUUAGUAAUAACAGCGGCGUUGACGGGAGACAGCAGGAGAGAGUGUGUGUGUGUCUCCGACAGCAGUGCCCAGCGGAGGAAUAUUUGAGCUUUUUAUUUACUCUGCAGCUUGUUGUUCAUUUUCUCUGCGUUAUGGUGAACUUGGACAGUCACGUGUGAAGAUCUCUGCAAGUGUAGAGGACGACUGCUUCUCACCUGGCGUGUCCCUUUGACUUUACCGUGAGGGAAAUUAUACCUGCCAUUUUUCCUGAUAGCUGACAUUGCUGGCCUCCUUCCACUCCAGUGACGGACAACAACAGCAAGUUUUCUCCCCAAGGGAUGAAAUAUGCCCACUCUGUGCCCGUAAGAACAAGCAGAAGUCACGCACUGUAAAGUACAAAGCGGUUUUAAAUCAUGAUGAUGCAGGAGUCGGCCACAGAGACAAUAAGCAACAGUUCAAUGAGUCAAAAUGGAAUGAGCACCCUAAGCAGCAGCCAAUUAGAGGCUGGCAGUAGAGAUGGGAGAUCAAGCGCUGGUGACACGAGCAGCGAAGUAAGCACAGUCGAGCUGCUGCAUCUGCAACAACAGCAGGCCCUACAAGCAGCGAGGCAAUUACUCUUACAGCAGCCAGGCAGUGGCCUGAAAUCUCCAAAGAGCCAGGACAAGCAGCGUCCACUGCAGGUUCCAGUGUCAGUGGCCAUGAUGAGUCCCCAGGUGAUCACACCGCAACAGAUGCAACAGAUCCUCCAGCAGCAGGUGCUCUCCCCCCAGCAGCUCCAGGCCUUGCUCCAGCAGCAGCAGGCUGUCAUGCUGCAGCAGCAACACCUGCAGGAGUUUUAUAAGAAACAACAGGAGCAGCUUCAUCUGCAGCUUCUUCAGCAACAGCACCCUGGCAAGCAGGCUAAAGAGCAACAGCAGCAGCAGCAGCAGCUGGCCGCCCAGCAGCUCGUCUUCCAGCAGCAGCUCCUGCAGAUGCAGCAGCUCCAGCAGCAGCAGCACCUGCUCAACAUGCAGCGGCAGGGCCUACUCUCGCUGCCUGGGCCCGCUCCUGGCCAAGCCGCUCUGCCCGGACAGACGCUGCCCCCGCAAGCUGGCCUGAGCCCUGCAGAGCUCCAGCAGUUAUGGAAAGACGUGACUGGAGGGGGUGGUCACACCUUGGAGGACAACGGCAUCAAACACAACAGCAACAACCAGCACUGGUGCUGGUGGGGGUGGUGCGGUUUAGACCUCUCCACCAACAACUCUUCUUCAACUACCUCCUCCUCCAAUCCCGCCAAAGCAUCACCACCCAUCUCUCACCAUUCUAUCGCCAACGGACAGUCGCCCGUCCUCAACCACAGACGAGAGAGGGAAAGGGAACGGGAAAGAGAGCGAGAGAGUUCACUACAUGAAGAAAGUGGAGGGUCCCAUCCCCUUUAUGGUCAUGGAGUGUGUAAGUGGCCCGGCUGUGAAAGCAUCUGCGAGGACUUCGGACAGUUUUUAAAGCACUUAAACAAUGAACAUGCCCUAGAUGAUCGGAGCACAGCCCAAUGCAGAGUCCAGAUGCAAGUCGUACAGCAGCUGGAAAUACAACUUUCUAAAGAACGUGAGCGUCUUCAGGCGAUGAUGACCCACUUGCACAUGCGGCCCUCGGAACCCAAGUCAUCUCCCAAACCACUCAACUUGGUGUCCAGCGUCACCAUGUCCAAGAACCUGCCCUCAGCAUCACCUCCCAACUUACCUCAGACACCCACCACGCCCACAGCACCUAUCACGCCCAUGGCCCCCAUGCCCCAGGUGCCAUCAGUACUGGGUGGAGCAAACGUCCCCAGUAUGGGGGCCAUGCGUAGACGCCACUCUGACAAAUACUCCAUGCCUCUGUCGUCAGGUGGUGACACAGUAUAUUUUCCAGAGAUUGCCCCAAACUACGUUUAUAAGAACUCAGAUGUCAGGCCCCCAUUUACUUAUGCAACCCUCAUAAGACAGGCUAUCAUGGACUCUGCCGACAUGCAGGUUAACUUAAAUGAAAUCUACAGCUGGUUCACACGCACGUUCGCCUACUUCAGACGCAAUGCUGCAACUUGGAAGAACGCUGUUCGCCACAACCUCAGUCUGCACAAGUGCUUUGUGCGUGUGGAGAACGUAAAAGGGGCCGUGUGGACAGUAGACGAGGUGGAGUACCAGAAACGCAGGUCACAAAAGAUCACAGGAAGCCCAUCACUUGUCAAGAACCUGCCCUCCAGUCUUGGCUAUGGAACUGCACUAAAUGCCAGCUUACAGGCUGCCCUGGCGGAGACCUCCCUGCCUUUGCUCGGGACCCCCGGUCUCAUGAACAGCAGCGCCGCAGGCCCAUUGGGUUGCCACGGCCUCCUGGGAGGAGAUCCCUCUGGACUGACAGGUGGAAGUCCACGUCUGCUGGGCGGGAGUCCACCAGGACUACUGGGUGGCAGUCCUCCUGGUACACUGAGGGGAAGCCCCCCAUCCCUGUUGCAGUCCGCCCAUGAGGAACUCAACGGCACGCUUGACCACCUGGACACCAACGGACACAGCAGCCCCGGUUACUCCCCCCCAGUACACAUGCCACCAGUUCACGUCAAGGAGGAGCCACUUAACAUGGAAGACGACGACUGUCCGAUGUCACUGGUGACGACAGCCAAUCACAGUCCAGAGCUGGAUGAUGACCGGGAGCUUGAGGAAGGGAACUUAUCAGAAGAUCUGGAGUGACUAGGAUACAGUUUUUGGUCGACGUAUCCCUUCACCCAGCCGCACUGUUUCUCUCACACAGACCUCCUGCAAGACUAGAAAAACCACUCCACAGUCUAAGAAACCACAGCUGACUCUCUCUUUGUCUCUCUCACCACUGGGACUAUUUAUUGAGCAUGAAUCCGGAUGGAGACUUGUCCAAAGGAACUCUUUGUUGCAGCCCUUUGGAAUCCCUAAACAUGACAGACAUGAGAUGUCUGAUUAAAAAAUUAACUCUCUGAGACCUGUUUCAUUAGAGAUGGCGUGGCCACACACAGUACAAGGAUGAUGGACUCAUGGAUGGGGGGAAAAACAUGAAACAAAUGAAUAAAUCAUGUUCAGUUGAAAGCUAGCGGCCUCAUAUACUGCCAAAAAGGAAGACGUUUUAUGUUUGUGAAUAAUCCAACCCACAGUAGUUGUUAAUGUCUAGAGACAAUUGCUGGUUCAAUUCAAGUUGUUGCUCUGUUAUCAUUUGCACAGGAGUAGUCUCAGAAAUUUGUGUCACUGCCUGUAUGUCGCUACUAUUAUGAAAACCAGUAUAUUAUUUUCAGCUUUUUCCAUUUUUUUAUUUCAAAGUAUAAUUUUAAACACCACCAACUGUAAAUGCCAUUCCCUAAAUCACACCAGUAAAGGAACUGCGGUACCAAGACUGUGGUUGCAGCUGUCCAAAAAAGAGAAAAAAAAAGGAAAAAAAAGUUGGCUUCCAGUCUAUUAUAUGUUUGUGAUAAAGAGUCAAAAAACUGGAAAUGAAGUUGGGAAAAAAUACUUGUUUGUGUAAAGCACCAUUUACAAAACAAAUGCAUUUCUGCAUAAUUUUCUUCUUUGCUGUUCUCCUUACCUCCUCGUUCUAAAGCUUUGUCUACCUGCAAACAGUCACAGGCAACAGCUAGAAACCAAAGCCAACACUAGCAAUGGCCAAUAGCUUAUAGACAGAAGCCACCAAACUCCUCUUGGUCCGUCUUCUGUGACUUUAAACUAGUACAAAGAGAAGCUUUUGUUCCGCAAACUACCUUCGAAUAACCUCUGGGAUUGUUUCAUUUAGCCCUAUACAAAGAUGAUUGCGCUAAAGAGAGAGGGGAAAUAAAUGCUGAUUUUGAUGUGUAAUUUGAUAACUCAUUGAGCGUCCACUUUGGAGUCUAGAGGAGAUUUUCUGCCAGGUGUGUGGUAGGUAGAAGGUGAUCCAGGCAAUUUGUGCUGAUGAUUUGACUGGCAGAGAGCAGCUAACUGCAAAAGUGGAUUAUGACCAAAACAAAACAUUUGUGUAUUCAAUGGAAGUGCAGAAUCAUUGUGUUGUUGUAAAGUUUAUUUUGAUUUUAUUUUUUUCUUUUCUAUGCAUCACACAUACAGGUCUUUUUUUGUUGUUGUUUUUGUUUAUUUUUGUUUUGUUUUUUGUUUUUUUCCAAACUGGUGAAUAUGUAGUGUUCUAAGUGGGACUGUCAAAAUAACGUCACGUCUUAUUUCCAUGGCGGUUUUGUUCCAAGCCGCGUCGAAACCGAAACUGAAAACAACGCUAACCAAACAUGAAAAAUAUCUAGUGAAGCCAAAUAAGUCAUAAUUUCAAGUUGAUAUGAAAUGAUGUGGCUUGGUUACCAUGUAAAAGCAAAUAAUAAUAGCCAUGCAGAUGAGGAUAUCUAAGGUGAAAGGUAACCUUUUCUAGGUGAUAUUUGCUUUAACUUGCCAUCAAAUGCUCAUUGGUGUGGUUUGUAGCUUCUUAACUAUAUGGAUGCAACCAGUGUUGGUGGAGGAGGUAACAUCCUCACUGCACUGUUGUACUCUGUAUAGGUAGCCAGCUUUUUUUCUAACACACUUCGUAUUUACUGAGACUAAAGAGAGGUAGUUGUUGUGGCGACUACGUCCCAUCAUUUCCUUCACAGCUAAUGUCAUCUAGAAAAGUGUUGUUGCUUUAAUGGUCAUUUCUGUUUUCAGUAAACCAAAGUUACACAAAAUUCUGCCUCCUCUUGUAUGGGAUAAAGAAAUGAUAAAAACAACCACACACACCCUGUCAGAGACGAACACACACAUGCAGACCUUUAGCUUUAGGUCUGCUGACAUUAUUGUUUAAAGCUGCAGGAAACGCAUGGUGUCAAAGAACCGAGCGGUGGUUUUGUAUUGUGCUGUGAUGACCAGUGUGUCUGCCUGCUCAGACCAAAACAGAAACACAACAUGCGUAUGUUGUUUUCAAGUGUUGUGCCAAGCUGGAAGAAAAUGGCUGCAAGAGCUUAACACGCAGACAUGUGCAGUACUGUACGAACACACACUAAAAGUAAAAGAAUACACACACUCACACAUACGCACACAUACACACACACAUGCCAGUUCCACGUCAAGAGGGUACUGGGCCCAGGAACAAAGCUUAUCCCUUCAAUACUUAGCUGGAGUCAGCAAAAUGACUUGAAGACGACGUUCUUAAUAAUCUUAUCACACCAAAUAAAAAGGACGCUGCGUCUUUCAAAAAAAAAAAAAAAAAAAAAAGGGUUCUCCUACCACUUUCCCAAAAAGGCUUUCUAAAAGCUUCUACCUCUGCACAACAAAUUCAGAACAAUUAUGACAGAUUGCACGAGUUAUUAGAAUGCCACAAGAGCUGUUACACUUUACUACGCUUGUCUCAUAGGACGUGGCUCAAACCAACGUUUACAUUCCCUGCGUCAAGAUAUGGAAGAUUUGCAUUGUAAUAGGUUGUCCUCAAACAUUUGUAGAAUGAUAAUGUAUAGAUUACCUGUAAGGGAAUAUUGUGUUUUUAAAAUGCAUGUCUAAAAAUCAUUUGGUGGACUGGAAACAAGAACUAAUAAAAAGAACAUAAUAAAAAUCUUUGGGACGAUGGCCUACAUGUACGUACAAUGCAUAGGAGUGCAUUACCUCAGAUAUACUGUUUUGGGAGGGAUAAAACCUGUCAGCCACAGAAUGCAUAUUACCUGUAGAUUUGCAUGGGUUUUGUAUAAAUUAAGUAAAAAAAAAUGUCUAAAAUAGUUGCUUGCACAUAAUACCAGAAAGACCUCCAGAACUGCGAUCUGCUCCUCCACUAGAUUUUAGGAUUGUCUGGAUUUUCUGGGUUGAUUUUGUCUGUAUUUUGAUAACUGUGCAUACUUAUGUAAAAAAAUGUUGGUGGACCCAUAAAUUUACCAGACUUUUUUCUAAGAGGAAAAAAAAAUCUCAGUGUUUCUUUUCUGACUUACCUGAAUUUUUACUGUUUCUCUCUCAUUGCUCGCUAAGAAUAGCAAACCUGCUUUUUCUGCAUCUGCUUUGCGUAGCUGUAAGGCUUAACCUAAUGUGUGUAUUUAUUGCUUGUACCUCUGUGCAUACUUUAUGAAGCAUUAUGUCUGGCAGUUGAGUCAUGUAUCCUUUCUACUGCUAUCCUUCUCUAAUAAUUGGGAAUAUGAUCCCCCUAUGUAUACAGUAAAUUGGGACUGUAGCAAACAUAUGUUUAUGUAAUUGGUGAAAACUUUUUCGUUUGUUUGUUUCAUUUCCUUUUGAUCGAGAUUCAGCUACUUUUUUUGAUACUUUUCAUUACUGUGUACUGUGUCCAUACGUUAAGGUUCUCUGACAUUAGAAGGUCAUGGUUGAGAAUUGUAACAGACGUUAUUAUUUUCUGUAUUCAUGGCAUUUCACUGCUGAAUAAAAUAAAGGACCAAAACUUGGAAUUUGAAAA